UCCAGCGCCCGGCCCCGCGGCGGCCGCACGGAGCCUGCGAGCGGGGGCGGCCAUGCAGGAGCCGCUGCUGGGGGCCGAGGGCCCGGACUAUGACACCUUCCCUGAGAAGGCGUCCCCGUCGCCGGGGGAGAGGACGCGGGGCGGGGCCCCACAGAACAGGAGGGUGUUCCUGGCCACCUUUGCCGCGGUGCUGGGCAAUUUCAGCUUCGGGUACGCCCUGGUCUACACGUCCCCUGUCAUCCCGGCCCUGGAGCACUCCUUGGACCCGGACCUGAUCCUGACCAAAACUCAGGCAUCCUGGUUUGGGUCCAUAUUCACCUUGGGUGCAGCGGCUGGAGGCCUCAGCGCCAUGGUCCUCAACGACCUCCUGGGCCGGAAGCUCAGCAUCAUGUUCUCAGCCGUGCCGUCGGCAGCCGGCUACGCGCUCAUGGCAGGUGCCCACGGCUUCUGGAUGCUGCUGCUGGGGAGGACGCUGACAGGCUUUGCUGGGGGGCUCACAGCUGCCUGUAUCCCGGUGUACGUGUCUGAGAUCGCUACCCCAGGUGUUCGUGGGGCUCUGGGGGCCACACCCCAGCUCAUGGCCGUGUUCGGAUCUCUGUCCCUCUACGCCCUUGGCCUCCUGCUGCCGUGGCGCUGGCUGGCCGUGGCGGGGGAAGGGCCGGUGCUCGUCAUGGUCCUGCUGCUCAGCUUCAUGCCCAACUCCCCUCGCUUCCUGCUCUCACGGGGCAGGGACGCGGAGGCGCUGCGGGCGCUGGCCUGGCUCCGCGAGACCGACACGGACAUCCGCUGGGAGUUCGAGCAGAUCCAGGACAAUGUCCGCAGACAGAGCACCCACAUGUCGUGGGCCGAGGCCCGGAGCCCCCACAUGUACCGACCCGUCCUCAUCGCCUUGCUCAUGCGCUUCCUGCAACAACUGAUGGGUAUCACUCCCAUCCUGGUCUACCUGCAGCCCAUCUUCGAAAGCACCGCCGUCCUGCUGCCCCCAAAGGAUGAUGCGGCCAUUGUGGGGGCCGUGAGGCUCUUCUCUGUCCUGAUCGCCGCCGUCACCAUGGACCUGGCUGGCCGCAAGGUUCUGCUGUUUGUCUCGGCCACCAUCAUGUUUGCAGCCAACCUGACGCUCGGGCUGUACGUCCACUUCGGUCCAAAGCCUCUGACUCCCAACAGCACCGUGGGCCUCGAGAGCAUGCCCUUGGGGGACACAGAGCCGCCCCUGGCCACCCCGUCCAGCUACCUCACCCUUGUGCCCCUAGUGGCCACCAUGCUGUUCAUCACCGGCUACGCCAUGGGCUGGGGGCCCAUCACCUGGCUCCUCAUGUCGGAGAUCCUGCCGCUGCAAGCCCGCGGCGUGGCCUCGGGGCUCUGCGUCCUCGUCAGCUGGCUCACCGCCUUCGCCCUCACCAAGUCCUUCCUGCUGGUGGUGAACGCUUUUGGCCUGCACGUGCCUUUCUUCUUCUUUGCCGCCGUUUGCGUGGCCAGCCUGGUGUUCACCGGCUGCUGCGUGCCUGAGACCAAGGGCCGGUCGCUGGAGCAGAUUGAGUCCUUCUUCCGCACCGGGAGGAGGUCCUUCCUGCACUAGGUCAGGGGCCCUGCCACAGUGGGAGCAAACCCCUGGGCGUCUGCACUGGCCACGAGCCUGCACACCAAGCUGGGGAGGCAGUAGCCAUCCGCCGCCGGACAGAGCACAGGAGGACCGGACGGAAGCGCGGCAGGCCCCCGCCGUGCAUGUUCUGGCUCCGGGCCGCAGUUCCCCUGUCCAGCCUGGGCCCCAGCUCCAGCAGCUGGCCGCCUGCACGCCCAUCGGCCAAGACCCACUGGCAAGGGAGGCGGCCACGGGCCACAGGGCAGCCCACAGCCCAGGGACCGGGACAAGGCCCUGCUGGGUGACAUGGGGCUGGGCUCCUUACUGCAGAGGAUGCGGCCACGGAGGGCUGUAAUGAGGACGGACACAUGGGCCGGGAGACCAUGGAGGGCUGCACAUAGGGACAGUGCCGUUUCGUUCUGAUCUGCUUAGUCAUCAUGGAGCGACUUGAUGCCAGCGAGGAAGAGAGAUCGGCAGCUCUGAAAGCUUGUGGGAGCUGCGGGGGGCAUUCUGGACUGCUUGUGGGCGCUGCGGGGGGCAUUCUGGACCCCCACAGGCCAGGCCCAAGACCCAGCACAGACACUUCCUCCUGCCCCUACCCAAUCUCUGGAAAUGGGGCUUAAGGGCUCCCGUCCGCAAACUGUGUCCACCCUGUUUUUGUCACAGUCAGUCAGGCUCUUGGCCUGGGGAGUGACUUGAUGGGGUCUCCUGCAGAUGGGGGAGGCCACCCAGCAGCCAGGCUCAGCUAGUCCCAAACCCUCAGCCACAGUCGCUAGGGGCUACCAGCCCAGGCAAGGCCCCCUCUGUGGGCCACAGGACAGCUCUGUCCCACAGGCUCCAGCCCUCCCCAGCUGUGUGCCCUGGGCAAGCCAUGCUCCUCGGCUGAGGCUGUGAACAGGAGUGGGACAGGGCCAGCCACACGGAAGGUCAAUAAAACGGCAGUUACUCCCA